AUGAAAUAAAAUGCCAGAAAUAGAUUUUGCGAUUUAGUUCAUGCAAUCAAAUAAAGAAAUCCUGAAAGAUGUCUAAUAAUGAUUUUGGAUUCAAUUUCAGCCAAAAUUUUAAGUUCAAUGAUGAAGCUCAAAGAUCUAAUAGACAUGGGAGUAUCGACAAUCGAAAAAUUGGAAUUGCAACGUAAACCAUAUCCCAAACAUGAUGCCUUCUACUUCAUAACACCUUCAGAUGAUUCAGUAAAUAAGCUUAUAAACGAUUUUAAAGAAUAAUAAAUGUAUAGAAAAAUUAAUGUAAUAUUUUCUUACAAUUUACCAUAAAGGUUAUUAGAGUAGAUAUGCAAAUCAAAUUUAGCUAAUCGUAUUAUUUAAAUUAAAGAGUUUAACCAUCAUAUUUACUUUCUUGAGGAAAAUGCUUUCCACUUUUAAAUUCCACAAAUAUACUUUGAUGAUCUAGCACAGGUUGUUCAAUUAUUUUUAUCUUCCUUGCCUUCAAUGCGACCUUUCUAAUGUGUAAAAUUGUCAACCAUGAAGUCUAAUUAAUUCGCUUAAUUGUUUACUAAUUAUCUUCCAAGAUUGCUGGAGAAUUGGGAAAGAACCAAUCAAAUGAUAAAAGAAGAUGGUGGAGGAGAAUUGCAUUUCUUAAUCUUGGAUCGUACUUUCGAUCUGCUUACCCCAUUAUUGCAUGAUUUUCAUUACGAAUCUCUGGUUGUAGAUCUACUGCCUUAGAGCUUCUCUCCUUUUGAAUGCGAAGAUAAUGUUUAUCAAAAAUAUAGAUACAAACAUAUUGCCUAUGCUUUAGAAGGCAUACCUUAAGAGUUUCAAAAGAUGGUGAAUACUAAUCCAUCAGCUCUAAUCCAUAAAGGAGAUUUUAAGGAAUUGGAUACAUAAAAGAUGCAAGAAAUCAUGAAUUCAAUGCCCAAUUACAAUAGCUAAUUAAAAGACUUUACUUUCCAUAUGAACUAAAUAGAUUAAAUUUGGAAGCAAUUUGAAACCAAAGGUCUCAAGGACUUAGGAGAACUAGAAUAAGCACUUGCAACAGGCACUACAAAAUCAGGAAAUCAAACAAAAUCAGAUUAACUCUAUUAGGAAGUAUUAUUUAUGUUGCAAUCGAAAAUCAUUUAAGAUACUGAUAAAAUUCGAUUAGUUCUAAUAAUUUUACUUACUGUAUAAAUGCCAGAAUACGAACGGAAAUAGAUACUCGAUAAAAUCACGGAUUUGAAACCAUUUUAUGGUUUAUAGAAACUAGGAUUCGAUUUUGAUAAAAUGAAGUCAAACAGAAUAACCAAAAACAUCAACAAAGAAUCAAGGUUGCUUGCUAAAUAAAAAUUAAGUCAAAUGACUUUAGAACUACAAAGACAUACUCCUGAAAUUGAAAAACUGUUGAAUGAUCUCUUAAAUGAUAACAAAUUUAAUACAGUUACUUUAUAUGGUUAAAAUUAAAGUUAAAAAUAUGCAAAUACGUAACAAAGUUUGAGAUCAAAGAAGGAAGAACAAGUAGAAUAAAUCAGUGUAUGCAUAUUUAUUUUAGGAGGAAUUAGUCACUCUGAAGUUUGUGCAAUAAGAAAUUAUUACUCCAAUAAGUUAAAGUAGGUAUUUAUUGGGUCCACUUAAAUAUUAAGUCCAUCACAGUACUUAGAUCAAUUAAGAAGUUUGAGUUAAUUAUGA